AUGAGUGCAACACAAGAAGUUACUAUGGACACCGACAGCAGCAGCAGCAGCAGCAGUGGAGCGCCGGAAGAUGGUCGCGCCGAAACUUCAAAGGACUCGACCGAAUCCCGCGGCACUAAAAGGUCAUCCAAACGGAGGAAAGCCAGCAGGGCGCGGUCGGACGGCGAGGACUCCAAGGUCGAAGAGAACCAGUGCGGCGUGUGCGGAAAGGUGUUGAGCUGCAGGAGAGCCGUGCGCAGGCACCUGCACACUCACACCGGUAAGAAGGCGUAUGCGUGCUCGGUGUGCGGCAGCAAGUUCAUUCGCAAGGAGAACAUGAAGCGCCACAAGCGCAUGCACACCGGCGAGCGGCCGUUCAGGUGCGACGUGUGCGGCCAGAACUUCACUCGCAACAGCGUCCUGGCGAACCACAUGCGCCGCCACACGGGAGAGAGGCCCUUCUCUUGCACCCUGUGCCCAGCCACGUUCGCCAGCAGGUUCGCGAUGACGACGCACACGGCGAGACACAAGCGCAAGGCGCCCCACGAGUGCCUCAUGUGUGGCAUGAAGUUCGUCUCGGGGAAGAAGUUUGCCGGUCACGUGCGCAACCACUCGGUGAAGAGGCCCUACGCGUGCCACCUGUGUCCCGCCGACUUCAUCCAGAGGUACCACCUGCGCGCCCACCUCAUCCAGCACACCGGCGAGAAGCCUCACCGGUGCAACAUGUGCGAGAGGGCCUUCUCGAGGCGUGUGUCCCUUGUGAAUCACAUGCGCGCCAAUCACGAUGCUGACAAACCUUGAGUAAAGAAGUCAUAUAUAUCCAAGUGUCCUUACUUGCAUCGCAUGCGAGAACAGGUGGUGUCUGGGUGUUACCAUCUAUGGAAGAAGGAAGCAACUAGGAGGGGGCGUCACCUGAUUCCGCUAGCCUCGGCGAACCACCUUCCCUGACGAUAUACCCCUGCCGGCCAGUGCGCGGUACCUUGGUUGGAUGAAGCCCCCGUAGCAGACGCAACCAAUGCGAGCCGACCAACUGUAACGCUUGAAUAUCGCGUGGCCAGGGACCAGGCUUCUAGAUAGUC